AGCGCGCAUUGUCGCUCACCUGUUCUGUCACCUGGCAAGUUACGUUAUGGCAGAAAUGCAGAACUAUGCCAGUUUCAAUCUCAAUACUUUCCCCAAUGAUCCCACCUUCUCGGGUAUCAUGAGAGAUGCGGAAAUUGCUAUCGAAAAUGGAUUUUUACCGGAAAGAAUAUAUCAGGGAUCUAGCGGUAGUUAUUUUGUGAAAAACUCUGAUGGAACGAAAACAAUUGGAAUAUUUAAACCUAAAGAUGAAGAGCCUUAUGGAAGACUUAAUCCAAAAUGGACUAAGUGGAUGCAUAGGUUAUGCUGUCCUUGCUGUUUUGGACGUAGUUGUCUUGUUCCUAAUCAGGGCUACUUGUCUGAAGCCGGAGCAUCUGUGGUCGAUGGCAAAUUAGAGCUCAGUAUUGUACCAAAAACAAAGGUGGUGAAAUUAGCCAGUGAAACUUUUAAUUACACUGCACUUGAUAGAGCAAAAUCUAGAACAAAACGAAAUGUUUCGGAAAGAUUUCCAAAAGUAGGACGUCAUUUUCACAGAAUAGGACUUCGUCCAAAAGUAGGAUCAUUUCAGCUUUUUGUAGAAGGUUACAAAGAUGCUGAUUAUUGGUUAAAAAAAUUUGAAUGUGAACCAUUACCUGAAGAAUUGCAGCAUCAGUUCCAAUUACAGUUUGAACGUCUUGUUGUAUUAGAUUACAUAAUCCGAAAUACAGAUAGAGGAAAUGAUAAUUGGCUAAUAAGAUAUACAAAACCUGAAAAUAUUGAGACUUGGACAACACAAAAACCUGCAGAAAUAAAAAUUGCUGCAAUAGAUAAUGGACUAUCAUUUCCAUUUAAACAUCCAGAUUCAUGGAGAGCAUAUCCUUAUCAUUGGGCUUGGUUACCAAAUGCCAAAGUGCCAUUUUCUAAUGAAACUCGUGAUUUAAUUCUGCCUAAAAUCUCAGAUAUGAAUUUUGUUCAAGAACUUUGUGAUGAUUUAUUAGAAUUAUUUAAGACAGAUAAAGGAUUUGAUGCACAAAUAUUUGAAAGGCAAAUGUCUGUGAUGAGAGGACAAAUUUUAAAUUUAACGCAGGCCUUAAAAGAAGCACAAUCUCCAAUUGGGCUUGUACAAAUGCCAUCAGUUGUUGUUGAGCGUGGUUCAUUCAAUGAAGAUGAUAAAAUUCAGAGAGGAUUUAGACCAACACUUUCUGAAAAAUAUCCAAUAUUUUCAUGGUGUUAAUAAUUUUUAUAUAAAGACUAUCACAAUAUCAUAGCUUUGACUAUCAAGCUUACAAUAAUUCUGAAUUACUUUUCAAUACUGCAUUAAUUUUUAUGGCAGCAUUUAGUUCAUUUUUCAAUAUACAUUUUUCAUUCUAAUAAAUUAUUAAGUAACACUUACAAUAUUAUACUUAUUAUCUGUUGUUUAUUUGUUCAUUUGCAUUUAUUGUAUGGUUUCUGCCAUAUUGAAACAAAAUGUUUUUAAAGUACUAGUAACUAAGUAACACUUUAUAAUUUGAAUUUGUUUAGUAACUAUAACUUAUUCAAAUUUUUAUGUAUAAUUACAGAAAACUG